GAGUCAGUUGAGGAUCAGAGAGAACACUGGACAGGAUGACGGCUGCGUUGACUUGAACAGGCCCCUCCCCCUGCGUCCUCCCUCCCCGCCCCCCUCCAGUCCAAACAUGAACUCUUCCUCCGAUGCGAACCAAAGCAGCUCGCCCCCGUUCUGCCUGCUGGGCGCCGCGGGUUACUCCCGCAGCCUGGACACCUGUGUGCUGGAGGUGGUCGUCAUCCUCUUCCUCACCGUGCUCAUCAUCGCCGGCAACCUGGUGGUGAUCUUCGUCUUCCACUGCGCGCCGCUGCUGCACCACCACACCACCAGCCACUUCAUCCAGACGAUGGCGUACGCCGACCUGCUGGUGGGCGUCAGCUGCCUGGUGCCCUCGCUGUCCCUGCUGCACUACCUCCGCGGCCUCAACGAGGAGCUCACCUGCAAGGCGUUCGGCUACAUGGUGUCCGUGCUGAAGAGCGUCUCCAUGGCCUCGCUGGCGUGCAUCAGCGUGGACCGCUACAUCGCCAUCACCCGCCCGCUGUCCUACGCCACGCUGGUGACGCCGUGCCGGCUCAGGGUGUGCAUCGUCCUCAUCUGGGUCUACUCCGCUCUCAUCUUCCUGCCGUCCUUCUUCGGCUGGGGGAAGCCCGGGUACCACGGGGACAUAUUCCAGUGGUGCGCCGACUCUUGGAAGACCAACCCGGGGUUCAGCACCUUCAUCGUGGCGCUGCUCUACGCCCCGGCGGCGCUCACCGUCUGCUUCACCUACGGGAGUAUAUUCCGGAUCUGCCGGCAGCACACGAGGGAGAUCACGCAGCGACACGCCCGCUUCAGCUCGCAGACGGACGGCGAUAAAGGCGAGCGGGGGGAGAGGUGCGAGGGCUGCCCGGACAAACGCUACGCCAUGGUGCUUUUCCGCAUCACCAGCGUCUUCUACGUGCUGUGGAUGCCCUACAUCCUCUACUUCCUGCUGGAGAGCGCCGAGCUGUACCGUCACAAUGUGGCGUCCUUCUUCACGACGUGGCUGGCGAUCAGCAACAGCUUCUGUAACUGUCUCAUCUACAGCCUCUCCAACAGCGUCUUCCGGAAAGGUCUGGGCCGCCUUUUCAGCACGCUGUUCCCCUCCUGCCUCGGCUGCGUGGACGCCAAGAAGGCUCCGGCUCUCGUCGGUCCGCGACCGGACCCUCGCUGCCAAGUAUGAGCGCUGCCGGCGGCGAUGGGUUUGGUUCGGUCACUUUGGAGGCGUCGGCCCUUUGUGUAUGCUUUGCAUAGCAUGACGCGGGUCUUUUUGGUCCUGCGGAGGACCCUGCUGCUCGGAGCGCUGAGAGACGCCCGUGCAGACGCCUGUCGGUCACCUCGGAGGCUGUGAAGCUUUUUCUCCUCAGCGUGACGCUGCAGGGAUCACGAGCCGACAACACGGAGCGAAGACGUUUUGUCUUCAUGAAGAAAGUGGACUGUUGGAAUCAGAUUCAUGAGGAUUUAAUAAAAACACUCAACUCAACAACUCCCAGAUGCAAAAAAAAGAGGAAAGCGCAGCACGACUUGUGUUGUGUGAUCCGCUGACAUGCAAAAAAUAAAUCUUUGACAUCUUUUCAAAGGCUGACUGAAGAAAUCUGCAAAUUGUCUUUCAGGGUAGAAUGCAAAAAAAACAACAACAACACUUGAAACAGACUCCUGAUCUGUUUUCCCCCUUUGGGUGCUCAGAUGCUAAUGAGUUAAUGAAAAAUCAUCCAUCUGAUAAUCAGCCUGUGUGUGUGUGUGUGUGUGUGUGAGAGUGAGUGUGUUUCCCAGAGAGAAGAGGUUUAUUUCGGAGCCUGUGUGUGAGAGGAUUGGUCUCUUUUGAAGCCGGGUGUUAGCAGAAGCUCUCAGUAUGUUUACACAGUCUCGGGUUUCAGAUGAAAUUGUUGAUUUAAGAAUUAGCUUUACUUUGUGAGACGGCUGCAGACCGCGGCGUCUCCUCCUCAGAGACAAUGGACGGUUUUUAUUUGGAGAGUUUGCGUUUCCUCCUCAGGUUUAUCAGCUGUUCUUCGUUUCGCCUCGGGGCCGCUUUUCUGCCUUUUUGAUCUUAAAUCACACGUAGCCACGUAGCGUCUUGAGAUAAUCACCUCCUGACUGGUUGAGAGUUGAUGAUGAGUCUGCAGGAGUGGAUGUGAUGUGUAAACCUUUUGUCUUUAAGCCCUGCAGCUGCUGAGAGCUCUUCACAUCAGUACAAAGUGUUCGGGGGUCAGAGGGUCGAAGCACUUUACUGAGAGCCAGUGACCGCUUGUGGCUUCAUGUAAAUAUACUUCAGAGUUUAAAUAUUUAAAGAGCGGCCAAACGGGCCCUUCGGAGAUGUAAAGUCGACCUCCGGGAUGAAGUGUUGUUGUGUUUUAUAGGUAAUUUAUUUCUGAUGCGCGACACUCGAGACUGAAACUGUUUGUUUACAGAGUCGAGAGGAAAAGUUUCUUUAUUUACUGACAGAUUUCAGAUGUUUUAAAGUCACAAUGAAAUGUUUCUGGGAGCGUCUUGCUCCCCAGUUUGACUCAUUCGUGGUGGAAAAAGAAAAAGAGAGAAGCUGUUUGAGAGGAUUAAAGCAUCACACGGGUAUUUUCACUUGAGAUCAAAAUCUGAUUCAUUUUAGGAUCUGAAAAACAUUUUGUCACAGAAAUUAAUACUUUUUCUGUGGAAACAGCAUGCUGAAUUAACAGUAAACUUAUAAAACCAAACCACAGUUGCUCCAUGUAGUGUGUAUUUUAUUUAUUGUUUGUUUUAUAAAACAGGGAAAGUUCACAUUGAUAAACUUUUCUGUAAAUGAGGCUGAAGAUCCUGCUGGUUUUACCCCUUUUUCUGCAAGAGAAACAGCUUUUUAAGCCUUUUUUUCCCUCAAAUAUUUAGUGGAAAUGACAUUUUUGAUGGACAGACAUCUUGAUGUUAAUACUUUACCACUGAAGCAGUAAUUAAAUUACAGCAUGAUGCAGAAUGUGUAACACCAGCUGAACUAUUGUGCUAAAAGUUGAGGCUGUUGUGGAUUUCUAGUGUUUCAUUUCGCACUUUAACAUUCCAAAACUAAUUUUCUUUUAGUUCUUCUGAACUCUGCACAUCGGCUCACAUCAGAUCCACCACAAAACACUUAUUUAAAAAGAAAAUUUGUCACUUUUAAAGCUGGUUCAGACAGUGGAGAAGAACACAGGGAGCUAAUUUCUGGAGUUGAGUUUUCAUUAAAACUCAUUAACUUCUGUUUUGUUAACUUUGUGUCAAAUUAAUCAGAGCACACAGAGCCUAAUGUCCUCCUCAGUUAGCUUAUUAACUGUAGCAUUUAAGAGGAUAUAUUUUUUAAAAGUAGUCUGGUAGAUAGAUACUGUAUUGAUCCCGAGGAAAAUUCAAGCAAGUAGCAGCAUGUAAACACACACUGAACAUACACUGAUACAUACACAACCUGACAUUUGCACAGAAAAAAAUUGCAGAGAAAUUAAAUAAUGUGCAGAAAAAUAAAUAAUGUGCAGAAAAAUGUAUAUAUGUGCAGACAAAUUUAAAUUAUUUGCAGAGAAAUUGAAACAUUUGCGUAGAAAUGAAAUAUGUGCAGACAAAUUAAAGCAUUUUUUAAGAGAAAUUAAAUAUGUGCAGGGAAAUUAAAUAAUGUGCAGAGAAAUUUAAAUAUGUCAAGAGAAAUUUAACUAAUGUGCAGAGAAACAUAAAUAUGUGGAGAUAAAUUGAAACAUUUGCAUUUGAAUGAAAUAAUGUGCAGAGAAAUAAAUGAUCUGCAUAGAAAUUGAACAUUUGCAGAUACAUUUAAAUAUGCGCAGAGAAAUUAAACAUGUGCUGGUUAAAUGAAAUAAUGUGCAGACAAACUUAAAUAUGUGCAGAGAAAUUGAAACAUUUGCAGAGAAAUUAAACAUUUGUAGAGAAAUUAAAUAUGCGCAAAGAAAUUUAAUAAUGUGCAGAUACAUUUAAAAAUGUACAGACAAAUUUAAAUAAUGUGCAGAAAAAUGAAAUAAUGUGCAUAUAAAUUAAACAUUUGCAGAGAUAUUAAACAUUUGCAGAGAAACGUAAAUAUGUGCAGACAAAUUUAAAUAUGUGCAAACAAAUUUAAUAAUGCACAGAGAAAUUUAAUUAUGUGCAAAGAAACAUAAAUAUGUGGAGAUAAAUUAAAACAUUUGCAUUUAAAUUAAAUAUGUGCAGAAAAAUGAAACAUUUGCAGAGAAAUUAAAAUAUGUGCAUAGAAGUUAAACAUUUGCAUAGAAAUUGAGCAUUUGCAGGAAAUUAAAACAUGUGCAGAGGAAUUAAAUAAAGUGCAGAGUAAUUAAACAUAAGCAGAUACAUUUAAAAAUGUUCAGAGAAAUUUAAAUAUGUGCAGAUAAUUAAACAUUAUCAGAAAUAUUAAAACAUUUGCACAGAAAUUAAAAGAUUUGCACAGAAAUUAAAAGAUUUGCAGAGAGAACUGGAUAGGUGUAAUGAGUUUGAGGGAGGCCUUAGAGGUAAUAAUGAAGGACAGGACCCAAAUAUCUGACUAUUCAGAUAUCAGUUUGUUGGGUAAGUGUUCGGCGUUCGAUUCUGGCAUUUAAAAAUUAAAAAUGAAAUGCAGAUUAAGUGAAGUGAAAGUUUGUGGAGCUCAGAUUGUGGAGUCUUUACUGUGUGUUCCUCUGAGCUGUGUGUGUUUCGGCGCGGGCGGGGCCGAGGAGAGUCCGUUCACUUUUCUGGCUGAGAAAUCGUGCAGGAUGAACUUAAAAACGUGGUGUUCUGUCGUGAGCUUCGGCGUUUCGGUCGGCCGUCAACAAAGAUUUGCUCGUACAGUGUAUUAAAUAUGAUUUUAAAUUGAUACCAGGAAGGAUUUAUAAUAUACAGAUACGGAAAAAAGAGAAAGAGAAAGUUAAGAUUUAAAGUUGUUUUCUUCACCUUCACAAGAACUAUCAAGAACCAUUUAGUAGCUGAUGAGGAGCUUUCACUUGUAUCACACGAUCUUCCUCCUGUUGUCUUGUCGAUAUUGAAAUGAUCAUGAUUAUUAUUUUUUAUUUUAAAAAAGUCAUGUUUGUUUCAUUGUGACUUUAAAAGCAGAUGUUGCAGAGGUUUUAAUUAUUUUUUUAAAUGUAAUUAAUUAUCUUUUCUUUUUUUCUUUUUUUAUAUACAGAGGUCUGUCAUUUCCAUAUAAUUUCCUAAAAUAAAUUCCUAAAAA